CGUGACAUCUCCACAGGACACUUGACACCGAUCACUACCAUGGCAGAGAUGACAACGGUCCAAAAGCACAACAACGACGUGUUGUCCAGCUUGGAGCCAGGUGACCAGGUGGAGUUUGACAGAAUGUUCUAUUGUCACUGGGCCGUGUACAUUGGUGAUGGUUACGUGAUUCACCUGGCCAGCCCUGAUGGUCAGAGCUUAAGUAAGACUGAAAAAGCCGUUGUCCGUAGAGACAAAAUCAAGGAUGUUGCUGCGAACAGCAAGAUGUAUAAAAACAACUCCAAGGGCGAAAAAUACGGACUAAAAGCCUUCAGCAAAUCUGAUAUCGUAAAGAGAGCCAAGAGCCAGCUUGGCAGAGAGGGAUAUAAUCUGCUUGCCAGCAACUGUGAACACUUCGUGUCGUGGUGCUGCUACGACAUUGAAAUAAGUGACCAGGUGGAUGAUCGCAUCGAACUGACGGCGAAAGCGGCUAAAAUGUUCUUCAGUUGGUUACAGGAAAAGGGUAAACACACUUCAUAAGUGUUUACAGACGCCGGGCAGGUGGAGUUCCCACUGGUGUACAGGUCAUAGCGCUCCAAACUAGAUUCCGUAGAUUAACAAAAACUUUUUGUGGCCUUCAGGCAGAAUCAUCUCACUGCUGUGAUCGUGAGAUUGAGUAUGAGGUUUCUUUUGCAAAUGUCAAGUAAGUAAAACUGACCAUAUUUUUCAAUAUUUGGUGCUGUCUACUUUAACACAACGACUUAGGCUGAAUGUGUGCAGAAAUAACUUGUGUUAGUGGCUUCAACGUUCUGUAUUUGGAAAAGGAAUUUGUUAACAUUGAAAUAAAAAUGUGUUCUUGUGGCCUUAAAGUCAUAAUCUGCAUAUAUAUGUAUAUAUGAAUAUAUAUAUUUAACGGCUAUUUACGACCUGGUUAUUUUUUAACAUAUAACACUCCUAUGGAAGUCUAUGGGAAAACAUUUGGUUUUGUUUAACCCGUAACAGACAACGAAUAAAUGACUGUAUUCUCUG